CGAUCUUUAAAAUGUUGUUAUUGUUGUUGCAUUGGUUGUUGUUGUAGCAGGUUUUCGCCUUGACGGCCAUACCAAAAAAAAAAAACAUUUCCAGCCAACGACAGCCGGAGACACAGACAUAGCCACAGUUACAACUAAAGCUACAGCUACAGAUACAAGAUAAAAGUCUCUCAUGGGCAGCGGCACCCAAAAGAUUGACAACAACGCGCAAAAAUUUGCCACAUCAGCCAAAUCGAAUGGCAAUUAAUUGAUUUAACAUGAGCAGCGCUCGCCACAUACAAAAACACACACACCACACACACACACAGCGAGUUUGCGACACCAAAAUAAUUAAUGAAGCCCAAAGUAGGCACAAAGAUCUCAGACGCGCCAUCAUGCCAGGCACCUCAUUCCCAACGAACAAUGACAAUUUCAGCAACGGCUUUCCCAUGGUCACGACCCAAGCCGAGCGACUGCUUCAGGCGCAGAAUCGUCGCAAGUUCAGCUUUCCCGCCACACUCCAUUCGGCUGCCCUGCUCGAGGUCGGACAGCGGGAGACAACCCGCCGGCGGCUCAGCAACGUCAGCGAUGUGGUUACCCGCAAACUGUCCUACACUAUCGGCUGGAAAGCUGCUCAAAUACCUGCUCAAGACAUAAUCACACAGGGACGCUGUUUGUGUGGACACUACAUUAAGCGGCGGCUGCGUCGCUCGGGACUCUUCAACAAGAAACUGGGCCUGCAACGCAUUCGCAGCAUAUUGGGCAACAGCAACACAACUAUGGGCAUUGUCAGAGACGUUUUCCCAGCGGUGCAAGUGUUGGGCGAUGAGCUGGAACGCAUGCAUCCGCGCAUCUAUAAUGGUGUCGCCCGUCAGAUUUGCCGCAAUCCCGGCGGAGAGUUUCAUACACCAGAUGCUGUGAGUCUGCUGCUGGGCGCAGUGGGUCGUGAGCUGUUUCGGGUUGAGAUCACGUGGAGCAAGGUUAUCUCAUUGUUUGCUAUAGCCGGUGGUCUGUCGGUGGAUUGUGUGCGCCAGGGUCAUCCCGAGUAUUUGCCAAAGCUUAUGGAGAGCGUUUCCGAAGUUAUUGAAGAUGAGCUGGUGCCUUGGAUAAACGAAAACGGUGGCUGGAGUGGCAUCAAUACACACGUAUUACCUACUACCAAUAGCUUAAAUCCCUUGGAGUGGACCACGCUGGUAAUCGGUGUAGUAUUUGGGCUGAUUUUAUUAUUUAUGUUUUUGCGCUUUAUUGUUAACACACUAAUUCCUAAAAUAUACCAACGAUUUACGAGCUGAUCGAAAAAUACAAUGCAGUCCAACUUAA